GUGAAUUGGAUGAUACCGUGCGUGCGCAAAGGGUGACAAUAACUGGAUGAAAUGAAAGAGAAAGGAAAUAUCCUGAUACAUUGGAAUAUUUAUUUUUGUUUGUUUGGAAUACAUUUAUGUCGACUAUGGCAUGUAUUGUUGAUGGUGGACUUACGUUGCGCGUAGACUACAUUAUUAUGUAAGCAUAUUUAUUAGAAUGCGGGCCCCUCGAUGUGUCAUUAUAAUGGAUCGACGAUAGCUAAAGAAUUGGACAAUGUGUUUAAAGCGUCGAAUGCUUUUUACAGAGGUGAUCCUGUUAAAUUAUGAUUGUAACGGCUCACUGUAAAGGAACGUGUUCCUGUGCUUCACUUCAAAAUAGCGCUCUCUUCCAAGUUGAUGCAUUCGAAACCUGGCCGAUUAUAAUUGCAUAGCGCAUCACUCCAUCGUUCUCUGUCUGUCUCUCUCAGUCUAGAAACUGGCACAAUGGCCUUCUCCUUUUUGCUCUUCCUGAUGUUAUCGCUUCACACCCUCCCAUCCAUUUGCUGUCCAGUGGGAUGUCGCUGCUAUAGCCUGACAGUGGAGUGUGGCUCAAUGGGCCUUCGGGACAUCCCUUCGCAUGUCCCAUCUUCCACACAGACCAUCUUCCUACAGGAUAAUGCUAUUGGGCAGAUCCGUCUGUCAGACCUCUCCCAGCUGGGCUGCCUGCACUACUUGUACCUGCAGAACAACAGUAUAUCAGCCCUGGAGCCUGGCGCCUUCCAAAGCCAGGGUCAGCUUCUAGAGCUGGCGCUGAAUGGGAACCGCAUCCACUUGGUCACAGCAGAUAUGUUCAGAGGCCUAGAGCACCUCCGCAUCUUCUACCUGGCUGGAAAUGAAAUCACACGUCUACACGACUAUACAUUCAGAGGCCUACAACGUCUUCAAGAGCUUCACCUGCAGCAGAACAGCAUUGAAAUGCUGGGAGACCAAGCUUUAGUUGGUCUGUCUUCUCUUGCCCUUCUUGACCUCAGCCGGAAUAAUCUGCACACUAUUGGCCCUGCCACCCUGCGGCCCCUUGUCAGCCUGCAGGUGCUACGUGUUACAGACAAUCCGUGGCGUUGCGACUGUGCCCUGCACUGGCUGCGAAGCUGGAUCGAUGAGGAGGGCCAGCGCUUGCUGAGCUCGGCCGAACGGCGCCUGCUGUGUUCAGAGCCGCCUCGACUUUCACACCUUAGCCUUGUGGAGGUACCUCUUAACAGCCUGGUGUGCAUCCCCCCUGUGGUGAACCUGGAGCCCCGUCGCCUGGCCGUGCACCUCGGGGAGAGUCUGCGCGUCUCGUGCCAUGCUUCUGGUUACCCACGGCCUCAGGUCACCUGGAGGAAGGCGUCGCAGGGCAAGGUGGAGUUCUCUCCGCGUGGGCUUGUACAGGACCUGAGUGGUGGGGGGAGCGCGGGGGCUGAGGAAGAAUCACAUCCAGGUACAGGGAGGGUGAGACUCCAAAAAGAGGAUGGGGAGCGCUUCAGUCGAGACACAGGCAGUGGGAUGCUAUUCCUUAGCAAUGUGACAGUAGCUCAUGCCGGGCUUUAUGAGUGUGAGGCCUGGAAUGCUGGUGGUGUGGCCCGUGUGACCUUUCAGCUCGCAAUCAAUUCCUCGUCCUCUUCUGGUUGGUCACCUGCCUCAUACGCCCCGUCCUGGCCUCGUCUACGCUCUAAUCGGCCAACGUCUUCAGAUGUGAGUCGAGAGCCCCUUUACGCCCUUGGCAGCAUGGCCUUCAGCUCGCUGGGAGCUGCUACGCAGACCGCCAUUGCCAUAGGGAUCUCACUGCUGACCCUCACUGCCCUACUACUGGUGGCGAUGAUCUACAGCCGGCACCGCCAGCGGCUGAAGGACGCCGAUGACAAGGAGGAAAGCAUCCUGUAUGUCAACGAUUACUCUGAUGGACCAACAACCUUUGCCCAACUGGAGGAGUACCGUGAUGAGCGUGGCCAUGAGAUGUAUGUUCUUAACCGAGCCAAGCCCGUCCUUCCACCUUCCACUACAGCUGCUACCACCACACUGGGGUACCAACAGCAGGAGCCGCUAUCCCCAACAAAGCCUCAAAGGGAGUCGGAUAUAAGGACAAUGAGAAGGAUGGCGGGGGAGGGUGGGGAGGCAGAGCCGGUGACAGCCGAGUCGGAGGGCUUGUUUCUUAAUCACGCAGGGUUGUUCCUUGACUCACAAAUUGCAUAUGAGAUCCACUGCUAAAGGCCCACAGGAGUAUGUUCAGGGGAAGCGAACCCAUAGUGCUCAAUGUCACUUGGUGGCCGAAUCUCCAGACUGCAGAUCAGACGUGACAAUGAAGUUUAAAUGACUCAUAAAUCCUGAUUGCUCUAGCUCCAGAGAGGCAAGCAUGAGUGGCAGUGAGAUGUAAGACAUGUAAGGAGAGGUUCUGUACCUCCCUCAAUCAGAAGCCACACUGUACUGUACCUUACUGUCAGCUGUGAAAAUUAAUUUAAUGUUGUGUUGAUUAACUCCAGCUUGAAGAUAUAGCUACUCUUGUAUGGAGACCCCUACAUUGAGUGGAGAGUGAUGAGUGUGGUGAAAAGACCUUAAUUGUGCCACUUUCACUAUUAACAUCAAUUCUACUAUAAAAGUGAUCAAAACAUACCUACAUGACUAGUUUGAUAGGUCGAGAAAUGUAAGAGUGAAAUGUAGUUUAUGAAAAUUUUCUCUGUGACUAAAUAAUUACCAACCAGGAUUCUCAAAUUUCAGCAUAAUGUUAUUUCCUAAGAUUUCCUCCGUCAAAGAUAUAUAUAUACAUACAUACAUGUAUAGUUGAAAGAGCCCCCUGCAUUUCGGUCCUGUUCCUUUCAAUGUAUUGGUAAACUGCAUACUGUAUGCCACCAAAUGUCAAUAUGCAUGAAAUGAAGGUAAGGAGUUGUAGUAUAUAGAAGGGCAUUACCAGAAAUCAGUCCCUUCCUAUAAAAGUUUGAAAUAGCUGAAAGUGCUGUAGAGCUUAACUUUAUAAUGAAAGUAUUUUUAUUGCUGGUGCCUCAGUAUAGGUUUUUUGUUAGAUGGUAGGUAUAAUCUACCAUAACCAAGUUACAUAUGGACUUUUGUAUUUUAAGUUCCACUUUUGUAUUUUAAGUAUCAGAAUUCCCAAGAUUGGCAAAGUUAUUAUAAACCCACUCAGCCAUACACUGUAAAGUACCUUAAAAUGUAUACACUCAAACUGAACCAAAUUGUAUGCCCUUGUUACUAUUAAAUUAUAUUUUGUCCACUUACAAGCAAAUACUUCAUGAAUUUACAUUUACAAAUCAGUGUGCAAGAUAGCUAUUAAAAUACUCUGUAAACUAGGCCUUUAAAAUUUGCGCUGCAUGACUUAUCCUGUGGCUUCCAACUUACUGCUAAAAAGCUUGAUAAUUUAUUGCAGCAGUAAUGAAUUAUGCCAAAAGUAAACCAACAUUUCUUCUAGCUGACUAGUUAACCUAGCAAAACACCUCACUAUACAGUCCUAACAACAGUAUAAUCCCCAAAACAACCAACAAAAUAGAAGACCUUUGCCACCAAAAAGAUUAGAGAUUGACUUACAUAUUGAAUGCCUUGGUGCAAAUAGUUGAGCUGAGUUAGCUAUCAGGUACAGAAUAUGGGGGGAGUGGGCUGAUGUCAGACCAUUUCCGCAGGUUUACUGUGUUGCUGUGUUGAAGGUGAACAUGCUGAAAAUCUAUAUUUUGACUCAUUUAAAUAAUGUUUUGGAGGCAGCGAUUUAGACUGCUAGACUACCCUAGGCCAUGAUUUUCAGAGUGUAAGCAUGUGGCAUGGUGGGAUGUAAAAAUGUAGGCUGUUCUGUGAAAACUGCUGCUUAUUUGGCACUCUUCUGAUUUUAAGAAAGCACUGUUGCUAGCAGCAAAGCUAGCUAGCCUGUCAAUUCCAAAUCCAAAUAGCUUGAAAUCCAAUGAUAACGUAACUAAUGGAAAAUUAGAUACCUUCCAAUAAUCCAGUGUUAAAGGACAAGGAAAACACAACAUCAGUGUAUGUGUAGUGGCUAACAUUAGCAUGUUCAAGAUAGCUAGUGUUGCUCUGCUCAUUGGCUCCUUUUUAUGAUGUUGGCAGUAGUGUUGUGGGUAGUUCUGAAGAUUUAUAAAAAUCUGUUAAUGCA